CCAAACCCAUCAGACUACACUAUAUCAAAACAUCUAUCUAUCUUCUGUAUGUUAGUAACUAUACUAUUCUUGUUUUGGUUCUCUGCCUAUUCCAAAACCGAGAAAAAAUGGGUUCUUGCAUUAGCAAAUGCAGACCGAGGAAAUACACUUUUGAAGAAGAGGAAUUUGAGCACACUCAAGAUAAGAUUGUCAUUUCACAAACCAGCUCAAAGAAAGUUUCCCCCUCUCCUCUUUCCCCUACCACUACCACUUCUUCCUGCUUCUCUGCUCCCUCCGUCACCUGCAAUACUACUAGUACCUCUGACAGCUCAUGCUCAUCCUCUGUCUUGAGCUCGAAAGACAGGUCCUUUUCCAAUGAAUUCUUGUGGGCAUGUGUCAAGGAAAACCCACAUAUAAUCCGUAUUAAUUCAAUCAAGGAGGCCGCUCUUGCAUUGACUUCAAGCAAACGUCAUGCUCAAAAGUUAGAAUCUCCACCUAAAGCAGUGGUUGUCCCCAAAAAGGACAAGGGUUUUACACCACAGAAGAGAGGGAGGUCGAGUUCCCCAAUAGCCCUACCUCGUCAGAAGAGCUUCAGGAAGGAGACUGAGGUUUUAAAUUCUGGGUAUUCUAUGCCGAGCAGGAUCCUCAAGUCGCCUUCUCCUAGUAGGAGAUUUAGUGGAGAAUUUGGCAGGGCAAUUUCGUCGAACACAUCAAAGGCAAAUGGUUCAAAGCGUUUUCAUGGUACUAAGGUAACUCCAGUUAAUUCCGUUUCUUCCUCUCUAAGAAAUGAGAAUUUCCGGCAGGCGAGUCCGAGCAUCGGUUCAAGUGGGCGGCUGCGACCGUAUUUAAGAAAUCGGAAGACUUGCAUCCACCGAAUUAGUUCCAAGAUCGAUGAAAUUGCCGUUGCAGCGGCUCUCACGGAGCAAGACGGAGAUGUUGUCAUGGAGGACAUUGACAAUCCUCUUAUCUCCUUAGAUUGUUUUAUAUUUAUUUAGAAAAAUUGAGUGUGCAUUCAUUUUGAACUUAGACGACAUAUUGUUCUUAGCAUUCCGGUGUUUGUUUGUUGUUGUUGUUGUUUUUGUUUUUGUUUUUUUUUUUUUGUUUCAGCUUGAGUAAACUCAUAAAUAACUUGUUUAUAGCAUUUUCGUUUCGUUCUUUUGAAGUCCUUUUUUUUUUUUUUUUUUUCUUUUCAAAAUUAAAAGAUUAGUGGUUAG